GAGCAGUUUUCGUCUUUCGACCGCGUGUCUUGUAAGCCUUAACCUUCAAUUUUGUGAAGACAGUGUUACGGAGUAGUGCACCAUUUAUCUGUAGCGUAAGCGUUAUAAUAAUAAAAAAGCACAAAAUGAAGGAAGCAUUAAAUAAGAAGCGCAAGGUGUCUAAAAAGACAAAAAAAUCAUGGAGGAAACACGUCGACACGAAAGACGUGGAUAACUUCUUGGACGAAAAGAGGUUAGAGGAACGCCUUGGUGCACCGUUUUCGGAAAGAUCAGACGGUGAAUUGUUCGCCGUUGAUAAAUCGCCGGAAAAAAAGUCUGAGCUUACUUCUAAACAGCAGCGUAGACUCGCGCUGAAAUCUAAGGAACCGGUAUGUUUUGCCAUACUGAAACCCCAUACAGCUAUUCCAGAUCCAAUAGCGAAAAGGAACAGAGUAAAGACUCCGGAGGAACGUAAAAAUCCUAUAACAAGACGAAUUCAGGCGAUGAAAAGAUUAAACGGGCAAUUGAAGCUCAAAGAGAUUGAUGCAAACAAGAAUAAAGCACUCGCUGAAAAGAAGCGAGUGAACAAACCAAAGCUCGGUCAAUUUGACAAAGAUAUAUGGAUGGAGAAAAAGAAGGUUCACAUGGAUGUACAGAGCGAGUGGCUCACCUCCGACACAGUUCGUCAUACUCUAGCCAACACUGGGCAAAAACAGAAGAGAGUUCCUUUAUCCCUUAGCAAUAAACCCUCCGUAGUUCCAGCUGUACAAGCACCUCAUCCCGGUACGUCUUACAAUCCGUCUUACACCGACCAUCAGGAGCUGCUGGCAAUAGUUGCAAAAAAGGAAAUGGAGCUUAUGAAGCAAGAGGCACACCUGGACAGGGUUACUACAAAGAUGUUUAAAAAAGUGUCUGCAGACAAGAAAAACGAUAGCUGGAUGCAAGAAAUGUCCGAAGGAUUGCCAACAAAAUCUAAAACGCCGGAUGAAACUUCUGACACCGAGGACCAUGAUCCAAACGUAAAGUCAGUAAAUCCACCAUCAAAGAAUGAAAAGAAACCACUUGUUAAAAGGCGAAAGCAAAAGGAACAAAGGCAACUUGAGUUGGAGAGGAAACAGGCUAAAGUUGAAAAGAAAAAAGUGGCAGAUAUUUAUAAGAUUAAAAAAAUCGCCACACAAAUUUCUGCUAAAGAAAAGAAGGAGGAAUUUUUGAGAAAAAUACGAGCGCAAACCAAGGAAAGAAAAAUUGCUGAACCCAAGACUCUUAGCAAAGUCAAAUUUGAAGCUCCAGAGCCUGAUUUUGAACUCGCUGAAGAACUCGUUGGCAACCUGAGAAACUCUAAGACCGUAGGAAACUUGCUUAGGGAUCGAUACAAGUCUCUUCAACAGAGGAACAUUCUUGCACCAGGCACCCGAAUGCUAAAACUCAACAAGGCUAAAGUUAAGAAAUUUGAAAAAGCAAGUCACAAAAUGGGCUGGGAAGACACCUUUAAAUAGUUGAGCGACCGAGUUUACUUCCACCACUGAAACCCUACAGAUUCUCUGACAACAUCUAACAGUUCGUUUUUAAGGAAAACGUUUUCACGCAUCAAUCGAUGAAUUGGUUCAGCUAUAGAUGUAGCAACUUCUAUUUGAAACGUUCCAGCUAAUCCUCGGAGGCGCGCGUACAUUUCAUUCUUCAGUCUAUCAAAUUAUCAAAUUACAAAAGUAAGAUGUGCCGCUUUAAUCAGUAAGGUAUAUAUCAAACGUGAUAAGUGAACUAAUAAGAUAUUAUUAUAUUCACUUUUCUCUGCCAAUUUUAAAUUUUCGGUCUAUCUGCUCACAGCGUUGUUCAACAUCCUUCUCUCUCUGAGCAAUGAGAUUAUUGCCGGCAAUCAAUUUGUUACGCAAAUCGGUUUUCGCCUCUUUGUACUCCUCCAGGGUAUUGAUUUUAGAGUCUUAAAUAAUUUGGUUUUGUGAUGAAAUUUGCAACAGAAUUCACAAUAUAAAUAUAUUACUCAAGACAUUGAUUUUUGUUGUAAUUUCCAGUCGUGUCCUCUCAUAUUUUUCAUUUGCAUAUUCCACAUUUUUAAGAUGUGCCUCCUUUUCUUCGACUAUCCAAUCCUGAAUCAUUCGGAUCCGUUUUUUCUGUUCUGUUAAUUUUUCCACUUCACUGUAGAUUUGUCGGUUCAGUUCAGCUAUCUGAUUUGCUGUAUUAAUAUCAACUUGUGACCGAUAAAGUUUCUCUGCGAUGCAGGAAUCCUCAAUCUCUGUAUUUCGGUUUUGAAGCCUGAAUAGAAUUAACUUUGUGUAACUUACCUUACAUGUAAUCGUCUUUAUAAAGAAAUAUAGUCGAAUUGCUAUAUACCUUUCAAUUCGUUUUAAAAUAUCUGCAAUACGUAUUUGGUAAAAUGCUGUUUGCAUAUUUAAGAUCAUGACUUCUUUUGAGUCAUCGGUUUCUUCAUCAUGGACUUCGGGUGAUUGAAGUCUCGGAGGUAAUGAAAUAUUGCCUUUAUCUGCACCGUAAAGAUCCACCAUUGUGAUUGAUACUUGUAUAUUACCUACUCAAAAGACAAUAUUAAAGAGCGAUAACAUAUUUUCUAAAUCAGAUACAACUUUUUUUCUAUGAUUUUAAACAUCAGAAAUAAUUAUCAUUUAUUAUCAAAACAGUUGAAUUUGGCCAGCUAUGAUUACUCUCAAAUAAAUGAUCAGAUUGAUCCGAGCAACAGUCUAUAUUUGAUUGAUACAUGAACGUGUAUGCUUUUACAUUCGACAAAAUUAAAACUUUGCGUCGUUCACACAAUAUUACAGAAUUUGAAAAAUUACACAUCGAUAUCAGGUUCAUGCGAUGAAAGUUCCGACGGAGUUUCUUGUGGGCUUGAAACGUUUGAAAUUUGAGAAUCUGACGUGAGCAGACAAGACGGUAUCUUCCUAGGCUCUUCAGUAUCGCUCUCUGCCACCGCUUCCUCCUCUACUUCAACUUUAUCCUCCAGCCCAGUCGCGAUGUUCUCUUCGUCUUCUUUCUCUGACUCAUUAUCCCCUUCACCGAUUUUCUCUUCCCCCGACAAUACUUGCUCAUUUACAAUUUGUCUACUUGGAACAAGGCCCAAGUCGCCAAGUGUAUAUUGAUUAUUUUUGAUGUGAGUACUCUGUAAAAGUGUAAUAUACAAUGAGUAACUCGUUCAAAAAUCAACGGCACAAUAUUUCCAUCACUUAUCUCCAAUUGUCCCAAUGUCAAAUGACUGAAAUGACUUUACAUACUCGCAUAGGAGACUGUGACCCUUCCUCGGAUGCAGCCAAUUCAUUGCUCAGAAUUUCAAGAAGACUACAUAAUAGUCUCUCCUUUAUAUCCGGGUAGCAAGCCGUGCAAAUAAUCUCAUCAGAAGUUGCUGCUUGAAUCUAGACAUUUGCAAAUUUGUCAGUAAAAUAUAGAAUACAUAUUGAAAUAUACGCCUGAAAAAAAAUGCGUGAAAAGUUUCAAUCUGAUUAUGCGAGGAAAGUACCUUCAACGCCUCAGUAACGCAUUUUCUUGCAUCGUACAAAAUCUUGUUGAGCCUAUUAAUUUCAUCGCAGUUGGCAGAUAAUUCCUUCAUAACUUGAGCCUCGUUGUUCUUCGCUUGUUGCGUAUGCUGUUCAAGGAUUUUAACUUUGUCUUCUACAUAUUGGCACUUGUCUUUGUACUCUUGAGUGAGCUGCUCAAUGCGAUGUACCUUAGCCUCGGUUCUCUGUAACUUUCCGCAUUCAAGCGUCAUCUUGUAGUGUUCUUUAGCAAGCUUCUCAAUGGUUCGAUUUUGUUUUAGAGUUUUGUUUAGGGCCAUCUUUGCCUCAUUUUCAUAGAGCGAAGCUUGCAGCUUCAGCGUUCGAUUCUUCUCUUUGCAUUCUUUCGUUUUCCAAUCCAAAUCCUUGCAAACUUGAAGCAUCGCGUCUAACUCCUUAUUUAAUGCAAUAUUUUCCCUGAUCGCACGAUGCGUUGCAUCAGCUAUUCGAAUAUUUGUCGCAUCACGAAAGUUUUGAGCCAGCUCCAUCAGUCUUUCUUCCAUUUCCGUUUUCAUUCUAACACGAAACAACUAUUUAAUUAUCCUUUGUUGUGCUACUAUCUUACCAAUAAUUUAUUUAAAAAAUUCAUAAUACUCUAUUUACAUGUAGAUUCAAUUGUCUGUGUUACACGAGUGCAAAGCUUACUACCUGGCUUUGUUAAUUAUCAGCUCUUUCUCAGCUUCGUAGAGAAGUCGCUUGUGACGUUCUUCCUGUUCGGUCAUCUGCUCCUCCUGUAUCUCAAACUUUCGCAAGAGAUCAAUUCUUGCAGUGCGCCAGUCCUCCAAAGCAUUCAAUUUUCCAGCUAAUGAGAAUGUGAAUUUAUCACAAAGAAUCGUUAUGUGAAAUUCAAUUCAAAUCCAUUUACCUAUUUGACGGUUUGAUUAUUACCAGCUAACUUCACCUCUGCAGAUAAAGUAUUCUCCAUGUUACGAUAUUCCAGUUCUAAAGCAGCUUCUCGUUUCUUAAAUGCUGCCUGUUCCUCUUUACGCAAUUCCUCAAGUGCCGCUAGUCGUUCGCUAAGCUCAUUUGCCUCCUCUACUUUCUGGCGCAAUACUAGUUCGAGAUGUGCGACGACAUCUGCUCGAUCUUCUUCGAGCUGGCGUACCUCUUGCUUUAAUACUUCAAUCUCGCUUUCCAAUUCUUCAUUUCGUGUACGCACCCUGCAAUCAUUCUUCGUCCACUAUUAAUGCAUAUUGCAUGUGUGAAUUAUUAUGUUAUUGUCUUGAGUCAAAUGGUCUUAAUUUGAAAAAAUAAUUCUACAUUCAUACUAUUAAAACGUCAAAAACUUUCGACUAAAUUUGACAUUCCACAUACCGUGAUAACUGCCUGUUGUUGUCAAGAAUUUGUUGUUCAUAGAAAACCGUAUCUUUUUCAUUGAGCACAUUUUUUUUCUUUUCCUUUUUCUCCUUCUUGUCUUUCUUAUCCUUUUUAUCUUUCUUUGGCAUUCCGAGAUGCCACCAUCAAAUUAUCAAAUUAAAUUUCUUCACUAUAAAAUUUUUGGAUGUAUUUCGUCUCUUGUUACGGCAAUUUAUUUAAAGUAAUAUGAUUCUUUUAUAUGAAUUGUUUUAUUCGAAUUGAACUAUUCCACUCUUUUGUACUCUUUUGUAUGACACUCGCCAUAAAUUCUACUAUCCUGUUCAAGCUGUUGUUAAUCAAUAAUCAGUGUUGUCAUGGUUAUUUGGUGAGAAAUUACGCUAGAUCAAAUUUUAUAAUCGCACAGGUAGAAUCAUUAUAAUUUACAUGUCAUAAUUUAUAAUUAUCGUUACAAUAUAUUAAUUUGUAAUUUAUUUUUAUUCAAGUUCACGUAUUCACAGACCAUUUCUAUAUAUAAGACAACGUCUUCAAAAGUUUUCAAUGUUUUUCAAACACACUGUUUUACAUGGUUUAAAGCGUCUUAGUUUGUCCGACUUUCCACUGUGACUCUUAAAGAAAGAUUGAAUUCGAGUCGCUUGCCGAAUUGAACACUUUGCUUUCAUUAUAAUUUUUAAUUACAUUCCAUUAAUUUUCUGUUAAAUGUAAUAACGACGCAUUGCAUCCAACCAAGCACACAGUCAUACUAAAUAUGAAAUUCGUAUGAAUACGACAAGUAGUACACAGAUAUAAUAAAAUAUACAUCUUAGAGUCCCUCUCCAGUUAUUGUAACAAUUAAUCACAAUAAAAGAUUCAUUCAUUUCCAAUCAAUUCAGUUUUUAUAAUUUAGAGAAAAAACGUGCUGAAUAUAUCGAGUUCACCUACGGGAAUUCUAGGGAAUUAUUAUCGCAGCAGAUUUUUCAAAUGACGCACUUUUAAACUGCGCCUCACGGCUCUCAAUGGUUGAACCAUACAUUUGUAAAUAGUUGAUAAAAUUUUUAUAUCCGUUAUUUCAUAUUUAAAAUAAUACAAAACAUCUCGAUCGUGUUACUUCACAACUCAAUGAACGACCCUGCGCUUGGUGAUGAUAAUUUGUGGUGUUCAAGUGUUCGUAUGAGUAAAAUAAGACUAGUUAACAGGGGGUGCGGGUCGCGGUGGCGGCGGUUGAGGUCGACGAAAGUAAAUGACCAAGCUGAGCAUCCCGGUGAGCAAUCCGAUGAGAUAUAAGUCCCAAUUUUGCCCAAGGAACUGAUCCCAUUGGUCCCAAUACUCCAUAACGCUCAAUUCUUCAAUGUAGU